AAAUGAUAAAGCAAAGGACAAAACUAGUUUAGAAUUUGAGUGUGAUUUCGUUCGGUUUUUUCUUGCUCUACUCCUGCUCUUCUACUUAAAUUGACAAGAACAUGUAUGAGCCCCGGUGUGUGCAGUCUCAUUUUUUUUAGAUUGAAGUAGGUUUAUAAAAAAAUUCCUUCUUGGUUAGAGAUAGAGGUGGGGUGAGAAUAUGAAUCUAUCUUCUUCACAAUUCAGCAGCGGCUGUGAAUCUGGUUGGACUUUGUACUUAGAUCAAUCCUCUCAUUCGAAAAAUGAGUGUUAUAGUUUUGGUGGGAAUGUUGAUGAAGAAUACGCACAAACAGGAGAAAGACUAGGCCAUAAUGAAGAGAAAGACUUGUCUAUGGUUUCUGAUGCUUCUUCUGGACCUCGUCAUUGCUGUGAAGAUGAGGAUUGCUUUGAUGAAAAUGGUUGUUUCUGUUCUCCUCCUUCAGUUUCUGAAAUUGCCCAGAAGAGUAAAAAGAAAAACAAGAUCAAACAAUAUGGUAAAAUUCAACAACAUUCAUAUCUUGAUGACACUGCUAGCUCCCCCAUUUCCAAGAAGAAUGCCGCUGUCUCCAAGAAUCAAGCUUCAAUGGACCAUGUCUUGGAUUUUUCACAAGGCUUCUCAGCAACACAUUUGAAGGGAAAAUCAAAAUUCAAAAAGCAUUUUGAUUGCUUCAAGUCCUCUCUGGCUGAAAACCCAGCUUCAGGAAAAAAGGGCAGCUUUCAGGAAAGAAAGUGUGAAAAAGAUAAAGAGCAAUUAUAAAAUGUUGUUUUGUCUGUACUGCUAAAAUUUCUCUGAGAUAAGAAAAUUUGGGAGGCAUGCAAAAAGAUAAGGCAUUGAAUCUCAGAGGGGAUCUUGUAUCUUCUUCUUUUUUUAUUAUUAUUGUGUAUUUUUUUUCUUUUUAAUCUCAGUUCUACUCCUUUUGAUGGGUUUCUAUCAAUGCUGCAGGAAACAAGCUGAAACAUAAAAAAUAAAUUCAUCUUUGGUGUCUCA